AUGGCAUCCGAGCGGGCCACGGUACCCCCGGAUGUUUUCAUCAGCGACCUCUACAAGCCUUCUGUCGACUACAAGGAUGACAUGGGGUCGGAUAAGCCCCCGAGCGAACCAGGCCCCGACCCCGAGCCUCCCACUGCUCAGGAGCAGGAGGCCAUGGAUAUCGAGCCCGAGCCCCCUGCACCUGACGACUCGCCAGACUGGCGUUACCCCUUGCUGCAGUGCCUCGUCGAUGGCACUCUGCCCUCAGACCAGGCUGAGGCAAGGCGUGUGGCUCGUCGCGCCAAGACCUUUGUCCUCCUCAACGGAGAAAUGUAUAAGCGCAGCCCCUCAGGCGUCCUUAUGCGUUGCAUCCCGCGACAGGAGGGAAUCAAGCUCCUGCAGGACAUACACUCGGGGGCUUGCGGCCACCACGCCGCGCCUCGAACGCUAGUAGGAAAUGCCUUCCGGCAAGGCUUCUACUGGCCCACCACCGUGGCUGACGCCAUGGAGAUCGUGCGUGUCACAGAACCGACCAAAUUAUAA